CAUCCAUCCAACGCGCAGUCCCCAAACCCCCUCGCCGCCCCACAAUUUUAUAGUAGUAGGUCGUCUGCAAAAUAUCAUAUAGAAAAGUAUUUAGUAGAAAUAGUAGAAACGGUAAAAGAGGCUGUGCUAAUUUUCCCCAACUAGUAGAUGCAUCAACUCUUCCCACCAAGCAUAAUUUUACGUUUCUGCAGGUUAAAAGGGUGGAGAAGUUCGUCGUCGUACACAAUGGCAACUAACGGAGACUAUGCAUUGGUGUCCCUUGACGAAGCAUCGGCAUUCAUGCAACGAAGCAUGGUGGCCGCCGGUGCUAAACCAAGCCAUGCAAAGGACUUGUCUGCCCUGCUCACUUGUGCGGACUACCGGGGACACUUCAGCCAUGGAAUGAACAGACUCAAAAUGUAUGUAGACGAUGUGAAGAGUGGCACCACUGCCAAGGACGGAGAACCAGUGAUCUUGAAAGAAAUGGCAGGCACAGCAUGGGUGGACGGCAACAACGUACUCGGACCCGUUGUCGGGCGAUUCUGCACGGAUCUAGCCAUCAAGAAAGCAAAGGAAGCUGGAAUUGGAAUGGUUGUGGCAAAAGGGUCUAACCAUUAUGGCAUCGCAGGUUGGUAUACCAUGCGUUGUGCUGAAGCGGGCCUCGUUGGUAUGUCAAUGACAAACACAUCUCCACUGGUCGUACCAACUCGUGCAAGAAAGCCCCUCUUAGGUACAAAUCCAAUAUCCGUCACCGCUCCAGCCGAAAACGGCGACAGUUUUGUGCUGGACAUGGCAACUUCUACCGUGGCUUUGGGAAAGAUAGAGCUGAACAACAUGAAGCAAGUUCCAAUUCCUAAUGGUUGGGGAACAGAUGCCACUGGAAAGGAGACUUUGGAUGCGUCGCAGGUGUUGUCUGGUGGUGGAUUGUUGCCUGUAGGCGGAUCAGAAACCUCUGGGGGAUACAAGGGUUAUGGACUAGGUAUGAUGGUCGAAGUCAUGUGUGGUAUAAUGGCGGGAGCUAACUUUGGUCCCUUCGUAAGGAAAUGGAAGGCUAAAACAGAUGCCCAGGCUAAUUUGGGGCAGUGUUUUAUUGCCAUUGAUCCAGAGGCUUUUGCUCCUGGUUUUCCGCAGCGCAUGUCAACUCUCAUGGGGGAAUGCAGAAACACUGAGCCAGCAGAAGGGGAGACGGAAGUCCUUGUAGCAGGCGACCCAGAAAGGAAACACAUGAAGAAAGUUGAUGCAGACGGUGGAGUAUUCUACCAUCGUAACCUCAUCCAUGAAAUGGAAACUAUGGCCAAGGAACUCGGAGCAGAACCAAUGAAAUGCUGAAGCUGGUUUUGAGAAUUACUCCCACAAGAAGUCAAAAUGCACAAAUCACUUCAAACAUUUAUUCUGCAAGUAUUCUUGAAUUCUAUUGCACUUUUAAUACACUGUCACAAAGGUAUAUUUUUUUGUGUAGCUCUAUAAUUAUGUAAAUUUAUGCGUCGUAUGAGGCGGUCCUCUCUGCCUUUUUUCAUCUUACUCAGGAUUCACGUGUCUUUUUUUUAUAAAGAGCUGCCUAUUAUCAUAUGGAUACAGACAUGAUACUCUCCAUAUUUUAAGUCUGAUUUCCGAUUUUGUGCGCCUUGGAAAAAUCGGACAAUUUUGAUUAAAAAAGUAGCCUGACAAUUUUUAAACCAUAUUAUACCAUAAUGAGAAGUAACUUAUAGUAAACUUGCGGGUACUACCAUGAAUAAUAUCUCUUUUUAGGGAGGGCUCUGAAAGAGCCGAUGUCUCGACGUUCCGAACAGUUCACUCUGCUCGACUUUAGGAGUAGCUUUGGCUUUGCUAGCCAGAUUGCCGCGUCAUCUUGCGUGUAGCCCCGCCCAUCACACCGAAUUCGUUCUCACUUCGUUCUAACAAAUGUUGCCGACUUGGCUCAAAAUGUAUGCAAACGCAGUGGACAAACAGUAGUAGCAAUUUGUUCUGGUCUGUUCAUGGACAGGCUCCGACCAGGUUUUGUCGGAAUGGUGCUCCUGGUCGUUGAGCCUGCCCUGAAAGUUUUCAUUCGAUCGGAUUAGCGCAUUGGAUUAGUCACUCAUCUGUGAGAGAUCAAUAAAGCUAGUAAAAAUUCGACAAAGAGUUCUAAACUUGAAUGUGUCUAAUGAUCAAAUCAAAUUUGUAUUGAUAACAUAUGGAAAUUUAUUGAAAUUUUGCAUUUUAUUUAUUAUUGAAUUUUUUGCUCUUAAUAUAAUCUUCAAACCGUUUGGUUUGGUAAUAGUUGCAUUUUAUUGAAUUGUAUUGAAAUUUAUAGAAUUGUAAUGUUUUUGCUCUAUCUUUUAUAUAAUCUGCUGAUGGUUUUGGGUGAAUUUAUUUGCUUUAUGGGGAUUUGAACCUCUGCCAGUGACAUAAGGAAUCUGUAUUGUUGAUUCACUCCCCCAUCCCAUUAUGGAAAAUACACAUGGGAAUUUAAAAGAGGGCGAUAUCAAAAGAGGGCGCUAUCAGAAUCUUGCCAGACUACUGAUUUUGUCAAAGGGGAAUUUUUUUUUUUUUUUUUUUAUCACACUGAGUAUAACUCAUGGUAAAAAAUAAAGGAUACGCGGCAAAGUGACAACAUUUCGCGACGAAAAUUCAAAGAAAUUUCGAUACUCUUGGGUUAUAGUUCAUUCUUUCUGGAGAGUAAAUUAAUCACUUGUUUUAUAUUAAACAAAUUGUGAAUGAAAAAAAGGUGAUCAUGUAAUGUCGAAAUUGCACAUAACUGUCAGUACUUUGUAGUUGGUUGAUUACUUUGUUAUCCUUUGUAAGGAAAGUAAACUGGAGGUUCAAACACUUUCUUCUAGAUACAAGAACUUCGGAUGCAAUUCUUGUGAACAAAUUGAAACACAAAGAACCGCAGAUAGGGGAAUGUAAACUCCCGUAAUUUGGCCGGGAUUUCGAGGGGAAGUUGCCUACCAUUAUUGCAGGGAUUUAUAGUUUUGCUCGUUGACGAUGUUACUUGAGUCGCACAGUUCAAGAGCGUCCACUUUUAUUUCGAGAUGACUUGCAAAUAUUAUGCCAGUCGUUCCCUGUUGUAUAGAUACAGGUGCAUCGUCUUUGUAUUUUGGAAACAGUUUCACAAACUUCAAUUUUAAGCACACAGUAUUUCACGAGGUAUUGAGGCUGAAUGAAUUUACCAAAACGCAUCACAUUAGCGUCGCUUGGCUACUGUUUAAAAGUUUUUUCAUUGGUAUAGAGAAAUCAACAUAUUAAAAAAGGUGUUUAUAUGGGAGACUGUGGUUUGUUGGGAUAUUAACUGAAUUUGUUUAUAUAAAUCUUCUAUUUUUUAAUAUCAAUUUAAUUGAUAUCAUGGUUUUUUAACUGUAUAGUGUUGAUUGCUUUAUAAUUAGAAAUUGUUGAUGUGAUUGGCUGGAUUGUAGCUAAUUGUUUAUUUUAUUGUUUCUUUAAUGCGCUUAGAGGCUUUUGCAUUAGGCACUUUACAAAUGUCUCAUUA